UCCCUUCUACUUCUUACACCACAUAUCCCACGAAACAACUAACCUAUAUAACAAAAGUAACAUAACUACAGAAAUAAAAAUUCAAAUGGCCAACGAAUCCAACGUCCAAAACAAAAACACAAGUGUUAUUAGCAACGGAUCACUAGCUCAAGCUCACAAUGACGAGGAAGAGGCCGAGAGCUAUGCUUAUGCGGGUCAAAUUCUAAACUCUUGUGUGCUACCCAUGGUCUUGAAUGCCACCAUUGAGUUGGGUGUGCUCAAGAUCAUCUGUGGCGAGGCCGGCUCGGCCGGUCUCUCGCCUACCGAGUUGGCAGCCGCGAUCAAGGCCACUAACUCGGAAGCUCCGGUCAUGCUUGACAGGAUGCUGCGUGUCCUAGCUACAUACUCUGUAGUGAGCUGCGACGUUGUGUACGACGCAGAUGGUGGAGUCGAGAGGCGCUAUGGUCCAGCGCCUGUGACCAAGUGGUUCGUGCCUGAUCAAGAUGGGGUGUCAUUGACCCCCAUGUUGAAUUUGGCUAUUGAUAAAGUCUACCUCUCCAGUUGGAGCAAGUUAAAAGAGGCAGUAUUAGAUGGAGGGAUCCCAUUUAACAAGGCACAUGGAAUGCAUGCAUUUGAAUACCCUAGUGUGGAUCCAAGGUUUAAUGAGAUUUUCAACAAAGCAAUGUAUCAAACAACACACACUAUCAAGAAAAUCCUCCAAAUAUACAAAGGUUUUGAGAACAUCCAACAACUUGUUGAUGUAGGAGGAGGUCUUGGACAUAGUAUUCAUGCCAUUACAUCUCAAUAUCCCUCCAUUAAGGGAAUCAACUUUGAUUUGCCUCAUGUUAUUCAACACGCCCCUUUGUUGCCUGGUGUAGAGAACGUUGGUGGAGAUAUGUUUGAGAGUGUUCCAAAGGGAGAUGCUAUCUUCAUGAAGUGGAUCCUUCAUGACUGGAGUGAUGACCGUUGCCUAGUACUGUUGAAGAACUGCUAUAAGGCCUUGCCGGACAACGGGAAGAUUAUCAUCGUCGAGACGAACAUCACUGACAAGCCAGAGACGACGAGCAUUGCAAGAGCGAUCAGCCAGAUAGAUGUAAGCAUGAUGACACAAAACCCAGGAGGAAAAGAGAGGACUAGGAGAGAGUUUGAGGCCUUAGCUAAGAGAGCUGGUUUUGUUGGUGUUAAGUUUGAUUGUUAUGUUGACAAAUUUUGGGUUAUGGAAUUUUGCAAAUAAUUUGAGGGAUCCAAUUGUAAAGUUUUCCUCUUGAUCUUUAUGCUGGGAUUUUGUUUAAACUGUUGUUACAAUGUAAUGAUUUAAUCCAAGUGUACUUAUAUCUUGUUAUAACUUAUAUCUAUGGAAAUAAGAGGUGUCGAUCAG